UUUGAGAGUUGAGAGUUUAAGGAUCUUAGACUGGUCUCUAAAGAGAGCUCUGGAAAGUUUAUCUAGGGCUAGAAUAGGAAGCGUUUGGUCUAGCCAGGGGUAAGCAGUUAGGUCUUGCUUCUCUAGGCAAAGAGAUCUGUCUGCUGGCAGAGCUUGGGAUGUAGCUCAGUGGGUAGAGUGCUUGACUAGUGCACAUGAAGCCCUGGGUUCGAAUAUCAAAAUAAGCAUAAAGCAGUCUAUUGGUGUACCCCUGUAAUCCAAGUGUGAGCAGGACAGGUGUGAAGUUCAAGGUCACCUUUUUCUACCUCUGCUACCUUAGAAAGUCCCAGGAGACCAACCUGGGAUAUAUAACACCCCUGCCUCAAAAAGAAAAGGAGGCCAGUCUGAAGAUGACAGCCUUGACUAAAGGCUAAAUCAAGGUAGCCAGGACAGGAAAAGGAGCAAUUUAGGAAUCAAGUUUGCCAACCUCCGUGAACACAUGCAUGCCUGGGACAAGGUAAGGAAGAACCUGAAGGAAACCCAGGUUUCAAUGGGAAGAGAGGUGAGGUUGUAAGAGUCUGAGCAGACUCACCUUGAAGAGGGGCAGCUAAUGAGUCUAGAGCUGAGAGCAGAAAGAACAGCUUCCUGUUAAGACUCCUUUCCACAGGGAAAGUGUACAUCCUUCAGAAAUACUCAGGGCACAGCAUGUAUCAGGCAGGUCCUAAGUGAGUGGCUGGAAACGCUACAGGGGAUAAAGUGAUGGUCCCCAUCUAUCUCCAGUUUAUUGUGCCUGGAGAAAACUGGUGAUAUUAAAACCUAUUAAGUCCUGAGUGUCAAGCCUCACUUCUUUAGAUGAUCUAAUUAGAUCCUCAUUACUCUAAGAAGUGGCUACUAUUAACAUCCCCAUUUUAUGGAAGAGAAAACGGGCAAAGUGAGUUCAUUUGCCAAGCUACGAACCAGCAAAGUUAACAUUUGAAAAUCUAGUGUUAAAGCCAUCUUCCUUCUACUUUUUCUUUUCUCCCUCCUAAGACAAGGUUUCACUCUGUAGCCUGGGCUGGCCUCAAAUCCUAGGUGCUUCUGCUUCGGCCUACGAAUACCGGAUUCCAGGCAUGUACCAUCAUGCCCAACUUUUGACAAUGCACGUAUUUAACCUCAGCGUAAGUCUGACGUCAACGCCAAGCUUGAUAGGCAUGGUGGGACCUGCAUGUCAUUCCUGGUGAUCAAAAGCUUCAAGAAGCUUCAAGUGGGAGGAACGCAUGGUCCCAGAAGUUCAAGGCCAGCCUGGAAACACAGCAAAACCACACAGGAAACAAAAACAGUGACACUAAAGUCAGGGUGGCCUUUACAAGAUGGCAGCAGAUACCCAAAAGAGACCAUGGUCCAUUUCGGGAGUUCAAGUCCUCACAGUUGGGAUUUUACAACCUGAGCCCCGAAAGUCACCCUUUCCUCUGCCUAGCUUUUAACCCAGGGCUUUAGCUCAGUGACAGAGUGCUCACCUUGCACAGGUAAGGCCCCUGUAUUCAAUUCAACUUCCUGUACUCAAUUUUUAAAAAAUCAUUUUUUUUUACUGGGCCUGGUGAUUGGCACCUACAGUCCCAGCACCUAUGAGCUGUGGUGAGUUCAAGACCUGAUUGUGCUAUAAGUUCCAGACCAGACUGGGCAACAGUGGGGGACUCUACACCAAUUUAAAACAAAUUAAAAGAACACCUUUUCUUGAAUCCUAUUGGCAACCAUAUACAGAAAACCCAGGAAAAGGAGCAGGUGCCCAGAUACUCCAUGUGCCCUGACCUGUGCCCAGCUAUGUGUGGAGUCCUGCACUGCAGAUACUCAUACAGUCUCCCCCACAGCUGGGCAGUCAUCCCACCCCACCCCACCCUUCCUCCCUAGCUCUGGCUACUGCCAUUACAUCAUCUGCCAACUGCUGCAGUUUGUGCUGGAAAAAAAAGUAUUUUAAAACUCCAAGGACAUCAAUAAUUAACUUCCAUACCACAAAACUUGUAAUAUGAGUUUGCUGAAAUAAAGUCACCAGUAUUUAAUUCUUCUUUAAAGGGUGUCUUCUAUUAUUAUUAUUUUAGAGUGCAAUUUAGUCAUCAAAGGUUUACACAGCCUCAUGUUUAUAAAUUAUAUGGGGCAGGGAUUUAACUCUUCUGGCCCUACCUGUUCUGAUGAGAGGGAGGGUCAUAACCCUGUUGUCACACCCGGCACCUGCCUUGAAAGGGAUGAGUUGUGAGCUGGAACUUCAUAGCUCUUUUAGAAAUCUGGGAUGAAUAUACAGAUUUCCUCUUAUGAUGCAAUCGCAAGAAGAACCCGUGUGUUGCCUGCUGGCUUUUAUCCUCCAGAAGGCUGUUGGGAAACUUCAUCUUUUUCAGUUGCGUUUCAGAAUCUUGCCUUGAUUAUAUGACAUAAUAAUAGUGGCUCUCCAAUUCAUCUGUGAAAUCUUUUUUCAUUGUGGUGGUUACUGGUUAGAUGGUCAAGAGGGGGGAGGGACUACUGUCCUAGGUAAAUAAAAACCACCGAGCUGAAAGAGUUUAGGGCCCUGACUGACUUUAUGUGUUUACAUCCUCAUCUAAGUUCAUCGAGGGUUUGAGACCUUGGCCUUAAAGUGGCUCACUUUACAAAGUAAUGCUCAAUCCUAGCUUUCCAAGCCAGAAUUUUUUUCUUUCUUUCUUGACACCACAAUGGGGGCGAAGGGGUGGGAACAGGUGUUCUUUUUGUUGUUCCUUUGUUUGAACGAGUAAUAUUUUCAGAGUUAAACUGGCCUAGUUCCAAGGGAAUGGGGAUGAACCCCUCGAGGUCACGUGAAGGGGGAGCGCCACUUUCCAGGCGAAGUCGGGCUCUUCCCCACCCCUUAGCGCGCCUAGUCCUCUGCCAAAACCAAGAGAAAGGAUGAAAAGUCCUUCCUCAAAGGCUCCCAGCUCGAGCCCUGCCUUUGACAGACUGACUGGGCAGCCCCACUUCAUUGGGAAGAGAUGCAUUCCAAGAGCGCUUCUGUGGUCGGCCAGAAGUGGAAAAUUCAGGAUGACAAAUAUUCCGAAGAAAACUAAUAUAGGUCCCAAGGAUUCCGGGACUCAAACAGGUGAAACGACAGAGGACGUGGCACCGACGCCCCGAGAGGAGCGAGUGCACACGCUGCCUAUGCUGGAGCAUCGACCCCCUUUCCCGAGUGCCUUUCUUCAGUCCCCGCCCUCAGCUGUCUCCGCCAGGGUUCAACCAUGAGGGCGGCGGAGCCCAACUCUGCUCCCCAAUCCAAAAUAAACACCUAGCCUUAAAAAAAAAAAAAAAGUAAACCUAGUUUAGCGAGUUAUACUGAACACCACACUCACGGUUUUUGUUUUGUUUUAAGUACUUGGUAGAGAUGAGGGCGAAAACCUUUCCCGGCUGGAAAAUUACUGAGGGUAGUGGGGAAUGGGAAAAGGAGUAAUAAGACUAAAACAAAGACUGCCUUUUCCCCUCCCGGUAGGCAAGGGCCUGAGGUGCCACUUUGGAGCACUAGGGUCCCAUUGCAGCGCUCCUCUUCCCAGCGCAGGAUCACCUCCCAGUGAAGUCCCUUUGAGUGGGUUGGCUAGCUCAGAACCUAAGUUGAUGGGAGCGAGUUGUCCUAUGACCUUUACCUCGCCGCUUCACCUCUUUAUGACUCACUUCUCAUCUUCAAAAUGAAGAGUGCGAGUGCGUAGCUUGUAAAGAGCUUUGAGAUCCCUGGUGAAAGGUAUCUCCGCGCCUCGGUCCCUCUCCGCGUUCCCACUCCCCCACCCCCAAUGUAAAUCUGGAACGCCUUCCUUGUUCCUUCCAUUAUCAAGAUGACUACGUGCCCAAUCCCGGCCGCUCUCUUUCAUAGCAGGCGCGGAACCCCUUCUCCUAGCUUCUGAGAUUCCUAGCGCCCCCCCCCAAUCACCCGGCCCUCACCCCCACCCUACGGGAGGCCCCACUGGCACCCGCGCCAGGCCAGGCCCUGCGCCGACACGGCCCGGCGUCUGCGUGCGUAUGCGAGAGAGGGCGGGCUGGAUGAGUCACGCGGAUAAUCGCGCUCUCGAGUGCGCAGACGACAGGACAAGCGCGUACGCGAGCAGGGGUAGGGGCGCGCCGCCUCUUCCCCCCCACACACACACACCCCCAACCUCCUGUCCCCCGCCAGGGUUCCCGUGGCAGGACUUUCGAGCCCAGGGAACCGACCGUGGCCGCCCAGAGGACCCCGAGUAGCGCGGCCACGGGAGCCACGCCGUACUCCCAGCGCCGGAGCCGCCGUCGCCGCCACCGCCGCCGGCGUCAGCACGGCUCCAGCCCGCCAGCUGCCUGGCUGGCGUCACGGCCUGGCCCCGCCCCGCCCGCGCCCCUCCCUCGCCCCCGCCCCCACGUGCGCGGAGUUUGUUUAUUUAGCUACCAUGGCAACGCGCAGUGGGGGCUGCGGGAAGGCGGGGAGAAGAAAGGCAGGGGGCGGGGCCUGGCGGCGGAGCCCCGCGCGCCGCCACAGGGAGGAGGCGGGGAGCAAGCGAGCGAGAAGUUAUAAGUAAGAAGCGCGCGGCGGCCGCCGGCAGUUCCCCGGCCAAGAGAGCGAGCGCGGCUCCGGGCGCGCGGGGAGCAGAGGCGGUGGCGGGCGGCGGCGGCACCCGGAGCCGCCGAGUGCCCCUCCCCGCCCCUCCAGCCCCCCACCCAGCAACCCGCCCGUGACCCGCGCCCAUGGCCGCGCGCACCCGGCACAGUCCCCAGGACUCCGCACCCCGCGCCACCGCCCAGCUCGCAGUUCCGCGCCACCGCGGCCAUUCUCACCUGGCGGCGCCGCCCGCCCACCGCCCGGACCACAGCCCCCGCGCCGCCGACAGCCACAGUGGCCGCGACAACGGUGGGGGACACUGCUGAGUCCAAGAGCGUGCAGCCUGGCCAUCGGACCUACUUAUCUGCCUUGCUGAUUGUCUAUUUUUAUAAGAGUUUACAACUUUUCUAAGAAUUUUUGUAUACAAAGGAACUUUUUUAAAGACAUCGCCGGUUUAUAUUGAAUCCAAAGAAGAAGGAUCUCGGGCAAUCUGGGGGUUUUGGUUUGAGGUUUUGUUUCUAAAGUUUUUAAUCUUCGUUGACUUUGGGGCUCAGGUACCCCUCUCUCUUCUUCGGACUCCGGAGGACCUUCUGGGCCCCCACAUUAAUGAGCGUUGGCGUGAGGAACUCUCUCACAUGAAGCGACUUCCCCCACUUCCCGGCCGCCCCUACGACCUGGCGGCGACGGUGGCCACAGACCUGGAGAGUGGCGGAGCUGGUGCAGCUUGCAGCAGUAACAACCCGGCCCUCCUAGCCCGGAGGGAGACCGAGGAGUUCAACGACCUCCUGGACCUAGACUUUAUCCUUUCCAACUCGCUAACCCACCAGGAAUCGGUGGCCGCCACCGUGACCACCUCGGCGUCAGCUUCAUCCUCGUCUUCCCCGGCGAGCAGCGGCCCUGCCAGCGCGCCCUCCACCUGCAGCUUCAGCUAUCCGAUCCGGGCCGGGGGUGACCCGGGCGUGGCUGCCAGCAACACAGGUGGAGGGCUCCUCUACAGCCGAGAAUCUGCGCCACCUCCCACGGCCCCCUUCAACCUGGCGGACAUCAAUGACGUGAGCCCCUCGGGCGGCUUCGUGGCUGAGCUCCUGCGGCCGGAGUUGGACCCAGUAUACAUUCCGCCACAGCAGCCUCAGCCGCCAGGUGGCGGGCUGAUGGGCAAGUUUGUGCUGAAGGCGUCUCUGACCACCCCUGGCAGCGAGUACAGCAGCCCUUCGGUCAUCAGUGUUAGCAAAGGAAGCCCAGACGGCAGCCACCCCGUGGUAGUGGCGCCCUACAGCGGUGGCCCGCCGCGCAUGUGCCCCAAGAUUAAGCAAGAGGCGGUCCCGUCCUGCACGGUCAGCCGGUCCCUAGAGGCCCAUUUGAGCGCUGGACCCCAGCUCAGCAACGGCCACCGGCCCAACACACACGACUUCCCCCUGGGGCGGCAGCUCCCCACCAGGACUACCCCUACACUGAGUCCCGAGGAACUGCUGAACAGCAGGGACUGUCACCCUGGCCUGCCUCUUCCCCCAGGAUUCCAUCCCCAUCCGGGGCCCAACUACCCUCCUUUCCUGCCAGACCAGAUGCAGUCACAAGUCCCCUCUCUCCAUUAUCAAGAGCUCAUGCCACCGGGUUCCUGCCUGCCAGAGGAGCCCAAGCCAAAGAGGGGAAGAAGGUCGUGGCCCCGGAAAAGAACAGCCACCCACACUUGUGACUAUGCAGGCUGUGGCAAAACCUAUACCAAGAGUUCUCAUCUCAAGGCACACCUGCGAACUCACACAGGCGAGAAACCUUACCACUGUGACUGGGACGGCUGUGGGUGGAAAUUCGCCCGCUCCGAUGAACUGACCAGGCACUACCGCAAACACACAGGGCACCGGCCCUUUCAGUGCCAGAAGUGUGACAGGGCCUUUUCCAGGUCGGACCACCUUGCCUUACACAUGAAGAGGCACUUUUAAAUCCCACGUAGUGGAUGUGACCCACACUGCCAGGAGAGAGAGUUCAGUAUUUUUUUUUCUAACCUUUCACACUGUCUUCCCACGAGGGGAGGAGCCCAGCUGGCAAGCGCUACAAUCAUGGUCAAGUUCCCAGCAAGUCAGCUUGUGAAUGGAUAAUCAGGAGAAAGGAAGAGUUCAAGAGACAAAACAGAAAUACUAAAAACAAACAAACAAAAAAACAAACAAAAAAAACAAGAAAAAAAAAUCACAGAACAGAUGGGGUCUGAUACUGGAUGGAUCUUCUAUCAUUCCAAUACCAAAUCCAACUUGAACAUGCCCGGACUUACAAAAUGCCAAGGGGUGACUGGAAGUUUGUGGAUAUCAGGGUAUACACUAAAUCAGUGAGCUUGGGGGGAGGGAAGACCAGGAUUCCCUUGAAUUGUGUUUCGAUGAUGCAAUACACACGUAAAGAUCACCUUGUAUGCUCUUUGCCUUCUUAAAAAAAAAAAAAGCCAUUAUUGUGUCGGAGGAAGAGGAAGCGAUUCAGGUACAGAACAUGUUCUAACAGCCUAAAUGAUGGUGCUUGGUGAGUCGUGGUUCUAAAGGUACCAAACGGGGGAGCCAAAGUUCUCCAACUGCUGCAUACUUUUGACAAGGAAAAUCUAGUUUUGUCUUCCGAUCUACAUUGAUGACCUAAGCCAGGUAAAUAAGCCUGGUUUAUUUCUGUAACAUUUUUAUGCAGACAGUCUGUUAUGCACUGUGGUUUCAGAUGUGCAAUAAUUUGUACAAUGGUUUAUUCCCAAGUAUGCCUUUAAGCAGAACAAAUGUGUUUUUCUAUAUAGUUCCUUGCCUUAAUAAAUAUGUAAUAUAAAUUUAAGCAAACUUCUAUUUUGUAUAUUUGUAAACUACAAAGUAAAAAAAAAUGAACAUUUUGUGGAGUUUGUAUUUUGCAUACUCAAGGUGAGAAAUAAGUUUUAAAUAAACCUAUAAUAUUUUAUCUGAA